UCAGUUAACAGUUUUGUUUGUUUGAUGUUUGAACUCGUUGUGUUGUUUAUAUUUUGAUCUGUUGAUUAUUUUCUUAUUUAUUUAAUGUGACAGCAACUAAUAAUAACAUAAAUUUGGCUAGCAUUUUCUGCCAAAAUGAUUAAAAGCUCAGUAUGUUUUGUUGGUCUUCUUACCAAGAAGAAUAACCUUAAAUAUUAUUUAAGGUUAUGUCAUAAAACUAACAGGCAACAGAAGGAAAAACCUCUUCCAAAAUUGGCCACUGAUGUUGUAAAUUACAUAAAUUCCACACCUGACUAUAAAGACAUAAAAGACAAGGUACCUAAUGCACUUCUUAAGAAGUACAAAUCGCCAGAGAGUAUGUAUAUCAUUAAUAAGAAAACCGCUAAUGAAAUAGUAAACACAAUUAAAAAUCGUAUAAAUAACGAUUCCCCAUUAAUUGAAGUAAAUCCAGGAUUUGGAUUUCUGAGUGAAGAGUUACUGCAAUGUCAAAAUAAUCCUAUUUACAUGUAUGAAAUGUCUAGCCAAUUCUCAACUCAUAUAAAUAAAUUACAAGAAAAGUAUCCUGGAAGAAUAAAAUUUAAAGUAGCAGACUUCUUUGGUAUGUGGAAAUUGGCAUUUAAAGAUAAAAUGGACCAAGGAAAUAGAAUUGAAGAGUUACUUGGUGAUCUUUGCACAGAUGACAAAGAUAGAGUAGUUAAAAUAAUUGGAUCAAUGCCAGGAUUAUCUUUUGUUAAACAUUUAAUUAAUAAUAUAAUAUUUCACAACUCUACAAAUCAACUUGGGAAACCUGAUCUUUUUAUCACUAUGCCAGGACACCAUUACAAAUUUCUUACAGAUAAUGAAGUGCAGUUGAGAAAGCACAGAUCAAUACCAGCAUUAUUUCAAAUGCUUUUUGAUCAUAAAGUGUUAACAAGUGUCCCAAAAGUUCACUUUUUGCCAUGGACACACAAGACUGACAGCAAAAAAAAUUCAUUAAUUGAAGAACACACACUUCUGCUAGUAAACAUCACACAAAAGGACAAAUUACCAUGUCCAUCAGAAUAUUUACCGCUGCUUUGGUAUUUUUUCAGGCCACACAUGUUUUCCAAAUCAACCAGAGUUAUACCAAUGUUAGAGCAAUGGAUACCUGGUUGUGGUGUAUGGCUUAUAACUGGUCAAGAUCCUCCUGACACAAACAAAGAAUUAGCACCUAAUAAAGAUGACGCCCAAUUACCCCACAUGACAAUAUUUACUGAAUUUGGAGAUUUAAAUCUGCAGCAAAAAAUAACUGUUUUUAAAAAGUUUAUUUCUUGGCCCGAGUUUGAUCAAUGUCAGUUUAGGGUUACAAUGGAAAAUAAUUUACCGAAGUUCAUCACUCAUCUAGAUGACAAUGACAAGGAAGGGAUAGGUACUCAUAUUGAAGACAUAGAACAUUCCGAUGUAGAAAGUGAUUCAUAACUUUGUAAGAAAAUAAAACCAUAUUUUAAAG